AUGGGCGGGAUAGUGCCCGUGCAAGCGCUCCUACUGGGGGUAUUGGCGUUGUGUCUCGUCAGACAGUUGCCAUGCGCGGCGGCGGAUAUGCCUUGCGUCCUCGAUGAACGGGGCAUGGGAAGCUAUCGGUUCCCAGAGCUGCCCCAGCUCAAGGGUUGGGUGGCUUCCCAAGAAACACAGAUUGUGGCCAUUGAUGACCAUCGAGCCGGCUUGGCCGUGGUUCAGCGUCAUCCUGCGACAGCGACCUGUCCAAAGGGUCGGGCCACCGUCACACAAUACGUGUGUGACAGAGCGCUCACUGGAGUGCAGCCCCGCGGCGCCGAGGGCUGGCUUGACCCGUGGUGCGUGACAGUCCAGCGCCACGAAACGCAGGCUGCCUGUCGCGCCGAAUGGAGCAAAAUGCCAUGCGCCACGAACCAAGUCCCCGUUCCUACCCCUGAACAAGCCGCAUAUCAGCGUCAUGAGAUUAUGGGCUUGACACACUUUAACAUGGCUACUUUUGUGGAGGACGGCGAUCCAGCUUGCAACCCCACCAACUGGAAUGUGGGUGUCCAUAGCUCACACGCCUCCCUUUUUGACCCCACACGGCUAAACAUCUCCAACUGGGUUGAAAACUACCGGGCUGUGGGUGCCAAGCACGCCGUCCUCACCGCCAAACACGGCUGCGGCUUUUUACUCUGGAAUACCUCGACCACCUUGCCAAAUGGAACGGAGUAUCCCUUUGCAGUGGCACGCAGUUCCUACCCAAGCUUUCAGCGCGACGUCAUUGCCGAAUUUAGCUCCACCUUGGGGGCAGCCGGCCUGGGAUAUGGCUAUUACUACAGCACUGGCAACAACUACUUUCUCAACCGAGAUGGCUUCAAGCGCAUUGGCAACCCCUUGCCAGGCCAAGUAGAUUUAACUGACGAACAAUAUAAUACCCUGGUCUUUGAGCACGUCAAAGAGCUGUGGACGCGCUUUGGAUCGCUUUUUGAAAUCUGGUUUGAUCAUGGGGUCUCUGCGGAUCAGGAUCAGCAGCUAGCCGCUUUGCUCAAGCAGUAUCAGCCCCAAGUCGUGGGCUUCAACGGACAGGGGAUCAUGACCAGCCCCAUCAAGUGGGUGGGCACGGAAAGCGGCUUGGCUGGUUAUCCCACUUGGGCGACGGGCUGCUCUGUUGCCCAAGGCGAUCCAACUGCCAGCGACUACUGUCCCGUUGGGGGUGACACCUACGUGCAAAAUGGCCAUUGGUUUUGGCGGCCUGGAUUUGCUCUUCGCUCCGUGCAGCAGAUGGUGGAGGUGUAUCACAUGACGGUUGGCAACAAUCAGGUGCUUGAGCUGGACUUUGCGAUCGACGACACGGGCAAUGUACCAAGUGAUGCCUCGGCGGUGUACCACGCACUUGGUGCAUGGGCUCGAGCGUGCUACGGCAUGCCAGUAGCCAAUAUGAGUGGCAACAGUAGCUCAGUCUUGCUGACCUUGCCAUCGCCAGCCACUCCUGUUGAUCGAUUUAUCUUGCAGGAAGACAUUGACUUUGGCGAGCGUGUGCGACAAUGGCACAUCGAUGUGCAGGUGGAAACCGGUGACUGGAUGCCCUUUGCCAAUGGCACGGCCAUCGGCCACAAACGCAUUGUCCUGGGCUCGGGGCCAAGCAGUUCGCUUACUGCAGCCCGCCUAACCGUUGACUCGGCCGUAGCUUCGCCCGUCAUUCUCGCCUUUGCGGCUUUCAAGCCCUGUCCCGAUCCCUAG